AAGUUUUUGUACAAUUGUAUAUUGAAUCAAUCCCUUUCCUUACAACAAAUAAGUCAACGAGGAAAGCUAGAAUGAUUCAUCUUCGACUUAGUAAACGUUCAAAUGACCUAUUCACUAUUAGAAUAAGACUAAAACUUUAUCAAAUUAAACAAAAAUGUAUUUGGUAAUUAACAAGGAAAAAAACAUGAAAAAUACUAGCAACAAUAACCUCAUCGUAUUCCUUCUCAUAUCCCUCCAUUUCCUUUGUUACAUACCAAACACGAGCAACGCCGACCCCAACAACAACAACAACAACAACAACAACAACAAAACCUUCUCAUGGACAUCUCCAACAUCUUCCGACUCCAACAAAAACUCGUCCGAAUACCGCACAUUAGUAGCGGUCGUAACAACAUUCGUCGUAUUUUUUCUCAUUUGCCUUACCCUUGCUUUGUGCAUUCUAAUGUCAAGAAGAAAUUCUCAACAACAACAACAACAACAACAACAACAACAACAAUCAGUUGUUACUGAUACGACGUACACCGAUUCUGGUAGACCGAGUGUUACGGUAGUGGAUGUCGUCGCUGGACUCGAUCAGAUCACGAUUAACUCGUAUCCAAUGGUGGUUAUCGGCGAGAGUAGGCGGCAGAUUAAACCGGGUGAUGAUCGGAAUUGUCCUAUUUGUUUGACGGAUUACUUUUCCGGCGAUACCUUGAAGAUGUUGCCGGGUUGUCUUCAUCGAUACCAUGCUGAUUGUAUUGAUCCGUGGUUGAGUAAUAAAGCUACUUGCCCUAUUUGUAGAACUUCACCUCCUCCGAAUCCUUGAGUUUGGUCAUCGAUCAUUAUAUGUACAAGUAUAUAAAAAUUUUGUCGAGGUAAAUUUGGUAAUUAAGGUAGGUUAACUUUUUUUGAGAAUUCUCAAACACGUACUCAGUCUAUUGCGUUACGAGUAUAUAAACUAGCUAACUCUUGUGGAGUUUCAUUACGUCCACCUAAACUAUAAAAAAUAUCCUUAUUUUUGUAUGCUCUUGUAAAUGGUCGAUUGUACGUGUUUUUCUAAAUUCUUAGUACAC